GGGAAUGUUUCUGGACUAGCUCGUUGUGCUACUGUUUAUAGUGUACGUGUACUAGACUGCAAUGGCAGAGGACCUUACAGUGUUAUAAUAGACGGACUCAACUAUGCAGCUAUAAGAAUUAAAGACUCUAACAGACCAGCUGUGAUUGUAAUGUCACUGGGUGGAUCUUUCUCCUCUUCUCUUAAUCAAGUAGUCUCUAAUGUGGUCAAUCAAGGAAUACCUGUAGUUACAUCUGCUGGUAAUAAUCGUGGUAAUGCCUGCUCUAGGUCACCUGCUAGCAAUCCUGGGGCUAUAACAGUCGGUAGCACUUUAAUAGGAGACUAUAUUAACUUUAAUACUAAUGCUGGACCCUGUGUGGAUAUAUUUGCUCCUGGAGCAUAUGUGACUGCUGCUAGUCAUACUUGUUCUACUUGUUCGUGUACUAAAGUUGUAAGUGGUACAUCAAUGGCUGCUGCUCUUGUCACUGGUGCUGUCGCAUUACUACUGGAGAAGGAGCCUUUAUCCUCUCCUGACAGUAUUGCAGAUGAAUUGAAAUACAACUGCCUUAAAAAUACUAUCAAUUUAAUUUUCUUGGAUCCUUCUUAUAAAAGCAACACAAAUAAUUGCUUCCUUCACAUUAAAAAAUGCACUGAUGUAUGUGACAUUACUCCAACUAGUACCAGCAUCAUGACACGUACUAGACCUUCAAUAUAUGUCACUACUGCAGAACACACUACAUUCUCAACUGCAAUCACUACCAUUGCGAAAAGUACUACCUUAACAUGUGCUACUACCUCAACCAACACUGUCACUGUGACAGAUGAUGCUACCCUAAUAUGUAAUUCAACUUCAACACAUCAUGCUACUAAAAUACAUAAUUCUACUUCAACGCACCAUAUUACGACAACCUAUCAUACUACUGCAACCCGUUAUACCAGUUCAAUAUGUAAUACUACCUCAACACAUCAC